AGUCGACCGGCACCGGUACGUUUUCUCCUCAGUCUAUAUUUACUUUCAGUAGGAUAACACUUCUGUGAGAUAUAUUAUUUUUUCACAUUAGCUAGGAACACGAGUAGGACAGUAUUAAUUUAUAUUUUUGAUAAUAAAUAUGGAUUCGAAACGCGCGGCACUUGAAACUGGCGACGGUCCGGAUGCGAAACGCAUGGCCACCGCCGAGGAACAAGAGAAACCCGAAGAGCUGCUGCCGGGCGAUGGCAAUCAGAUAGCACUUGGUAAGCAUAUUCCGCCCUAUACGGGCAACGGAUGCUCCCCAUCGAUGGAGUCCUUCAUGUUCCAGCAGACCCCGGCCGGGAGUCAGCUGCUUCCGUGGGCCACUGCUGAGUGCCAGACUUCCGAGAACGAUCUUGAUCUGGAUAAGAGCACCAGUGGCAACAAGAAGACGGAAGCUGCCAAUUCGAAGCUGUCCCGUAGGGAACUCGCUAAACUACGCCGUGAGCAUACCAUGAGAGCUCUAGCAUUGGAGCGCGAACUGACCGUUAAGCCUGGCCAUGGACAACCGUCUGUGGUAUUAUUGAUUCGUUUCCCGGACCCGGAGAUUACUGCUCCAAUGCUGGCCGGGCUAUCAAAGGACAUACGUGACGUGGUUCUGCCAAGCAGUGUAGCACCACGCUACUGUCUGGUCCAUCUGAAGCCCGGUGCUGAUGUCGAGGCCACCAUUGCCGAUAUUAAUAAAGUGCGGUUCGGCGGCGGCUAUCUACAGGCCGAGCACAAGCCCUUCUCGGACGAGGAGCAGGCCGAAUUCAUAGAUCCCUGCUCGCUGUAUGUGAGCAACAUACCAUUCAACAUGGCGACCUCGGCCAUCAAGGCCUACUUCACUCACGCCAUGCGCGUGGAUAUAGGUGUGCUGAAGCGCGAGAAGCGCGCCCGCUACGCCUUUGUGCGCUAUGCCUCUCCCGAAGUCACCAUGGACGCAUUCAGGGAGCUAGUGGGCAGUCCACUUAACAGCCGCACCCUGACCGUCCGCUACCGGCGCCUAAGAAAGCGAGCUGGCCUGCCUACCGUGCAGUGCACCAACUCCAAUUUAACCAUCACCUCGCCAGUAGGCGACGACGACAAUGCCGACUGCAAAGUUAUAUCUCCACCACCCGUGGAGUCGAUCACCAUUAGCGAUAGCGACAACUGCUCAGACUCGAGCGCUGAUGCUGGUGGCAGACGCAGACGCAAAAACAAAAUGACUGAUCAUGAGAAAGAGAUCCAGAAGUUGAAGCGCCAGAUGGCCGAAUAUGGAUCAAUUAUCAAGAACUUGCAAGUCAGACAAAAUAUAGGAGAUCUGAUUAUAGCUAACCUACCGCCCAAAGAGGAGCCGUGCGCGAAUCCAUCAGCCUGUAUUCCUGUUCUAGGAUCCACUGCGGUCCACCUAAUGCGAGAUAUAAAAACUGAGCGUGCCUAUCUAGGUAUACCUGAUGAAGGCACCCCUGAUCCUGAACCGGCUCAUAAGCCCACCACGCAACCUGAAGAAGUCCACGCCGAUGAUCGAAUCAAAACUAAAAAAUUCGAUUGUUUUGGCUGGCUGUUUUCAGGUCCCGCCAGACGACGCAAGAGUGCCAAACAGACACAAGAGAAGACCAAGGCUUCGACAGCUUCACCAGAUAAGGAAGGCAGACUUGAGGAGCUAUAUGCUCAAUUGGAAUCAGAUGCCGAGACUUAAGUUGUUGAUGCCUCAACGUCUACUAAAUUAAUUGUCUGUAGGCGUCUAAAAAAAAUAAUAAUUUAUUAGGUUCUUUUUUAUUUGUUA